GAUAGGAUAGGAAGCAGUUAUUUUUUUCUAUCGCCUGGUAUUCAGCUGGUAUCAUUAUUUUCAAAGUCACCGUUGCCAGACUUUUGCCGGUAAGUCCCAGAAAAAUCGUCCACGGUCCAGCUCCAUGCAUGAUCAGCCCAUACUGGCCCUAGUUGCAGCUUGCCCUCGAGCUAGCUCCGGGUGUCCGUCUAAAACCCUAGUUCUGCACAUCUUGGUUUGGGAGAAUUAUUUUGUUAUUCACCGAGAUUGAUUGAAUAGUGCUUUGGUACACGGUAGUCCAACAGCUGAGUGCGGUGACCGACGCAGGACACACCCGGACUGCGCUGGGGCGCUACAGCAGCAGGAGACGGUAGCGUUUGUUUGUGAUAGACUUGGACUUGGAGUUGAUGAGUCAAUAUAGGAAGAUGAGUUCCGUUGGUGGUAGCUCGGUUACCGAGGUUAUCAUCGACUCGAUCGACAUAAAUAUGCUGGCGAAUAAGCUUAUCGGUCACCUGGUGCAAAAGAACAACGACAAGGAGAGAAAAUUCGAGUCGCUGGACGGAAUUUGCGUUGAGGAGGGCGAGGGGACCAGUCAGGAUGCUACCGACGGCCCGUAUGAAAUCCAACGUGCUCCAGACACACCAGCUGUGAUGUCACCAGUGGGCCCUGGGCAAGAUCUAGUGGACCGUCCUGGUUACAGCAUGGUUGGCAGUAGGAAGACGAAAGUUGCUGUGGUGACGCAGGCCAUGCUGCAGAUAGCUGACGAGCUGGACGAGAAGCAGGAGAUCUGGCAGCUGUUCUCUACGCUGGAGAUCACGAGGGAGACAGCGUACGACACGUUCUGCGACAUCGCAAUGGGAAUAUUCCAGCACGGCAUCUCCUGGGGCAAGGUGGUGGUCCUGUUCAUGUUCGCCGCACACUGUGUGAUGAAGGCCGUGCUCGCCGAGCUGCCCAAUAUCUUCGUCAUGAUCGGAUCCUUUGUGGCGCGGUUCAUGGGAGAGAAGCUGAAGCAGUGGAUUGAAGAGCAUGGUGGAUGGGAAAACUUGACCAAUCCUGAUUCAAAUCCCUAUCUCAAGUUCGGCGGCAUCCUGGUUGCAGGCAUCGUCGGUGGCAUUGUCUGCAAAAUGGUAUGGGAUCGGUUGUCAUGAUACUGUACUGGACCGUGACUCAACCGUGACUGCGCUCAGCGAAUGCCGCAUCUGAUCACAUUGCCAGAAUAAUAUGUGAAGUCUUGCUCUCGCAGGGAAAGCCAAACAUCUUCAGCUGUAAGCAGCCCAUCUUGAGUAUUCUAAAUUGGGUUUGGUCAGUCCUUGGUAGAACUGUUUGCUUGAGUUCCAUGGCUCUCUAGCUGAUGCACUUUCUUGGUCAGUUUUGAUUAUCUGUAACACUUUCUGAGGUGGUGCCGUCCGGCAUAGUAUCACCGGCCUCCUGGCUCAGUGCUAGUUGAAUGGCUCUCUCGGCACGUAACUCUCAGCAUGUUACCAAGGUUACAGUGCCAAUGAUCACCAGGGAAACUGCGCACUUUGCGCGUGUUACUGUAGCGGGGCGGAUUGGAGAUGUUGUCAUGGCGUCCGGGUUGUGGCCGCUCACUUUCUGCAAUCUAGUCUCCGACGGUGCUGAUUCAAACAUGCUACUCUCCGUUUCACCCAUGCAUAUUCUAGCUUGCUGCUUCCGUAUGCUACGAAACCCUAUGGAUUAGGAGGUCAGCAGGACUUGAGUGAUGAUUGACGAUUCUAAAUACAUGCAGAGCUGCCAGUGCAUCUCUGGUCUACCAGCCAGUCUCUAUUGAUCUCUUUAGCUGUUUCUGCUGAGUCCAAGUGUCUCUCUUCUUGUCCUUCAGUUCAUACCGUGACAGCAUGUCUUGACAGAUUGGCUUUGACCAUCCGUUUGAUUCUAUUGCUAAACAUCUAAAUGAUCAUCGGACAGCAAUAGAGAUUAAUAUGACUUUGAAAGUUUUUGUUCUCAAACUAACAAUAAGUCAAGUUGUCCCACCUUA